AUGCGUGAGAUUGACUGCGAAUCUGUUGAGCUUAACUGCGGUGCACGCGAUAUCGAGGAUUAUUUUGAACGUUUCGAGAUUUGGUGGUUGACCCGUUCAAAGCCCGAUGAGGAAAAGAAAUCCGCUUUCUUUUUGAAUACUGCCGGUAAAAAUGCUUACACAUUAAUCAAAACCUUGGCUUAUCCUUCUCCACCUGUUUCUGUACCGUACGAUGAUUUAAAAUCUCUCCUCCUCCAGCAUGUGAAGCCAACAAACUUCGAAGCCUCAGAACGAGCAAAAUGUCAUUCAAUGGUACGCAAUCCGAAUCAGGGCAUC